AUGAAAAUCUACUAAGCCAAACUAUCACUCAAACAGUGGUAUCUCACACACUAUCCAAAAUCUACAAAGCCAAAACUAUCACUUAAAACAGUGAUAUUUUUGGAUUCUCAUUCUUGGUUUUGCUUGCGCUCCCCCAUGGCUCUUGCUUGGAAUUUAGUCAUCACUUUGAUACUACUUCUUCUGCAACAAUCUUGUUUCCUUGUCACCUUUGCCUCAAGCAAUGUUCAUAUUGUGUAUAUGGGUGACAGAAUGAGCCAGAGUGAGCAACAGUUAGUUGAAGACUCUCACCUUGACAUACUAUUACGUAUUCUCGGAAGCAAAGUUGCUGCUAGGAGGUCCAUCCUGUAUAGCUAUAAGCAUGGCUUUUCUGGAUUCGCUGCAGUUUUAAGUCAGCCUCAAGCUAAGCUCAUUGCAGAUUUCCCAGGGGUUGUCCGUGUGAUUCCUAAUAAAAUUCUUAGUCUUCACACAACAAGAAGUUGGGACUUCUUGCACGUAAAGCAAGAUAUAGUAACCGGUGCUCUUUCUAGGGGUCAAUCUGGAAGAGGCACCAUCAUCGGCAUCAUGGACACUGGUAUUUGGCCUGAGUCAGAGAGCUUUAGAGAUGAGCACAUGGACAAUCCUCCUCUACAUUGGCGUGGUAUAUGCCAGGAAGGUGAAAGCUUUGACCACUCCCAUUGCAACAGUAAAAUUAUUGGUGCACGUUGGUAUAUUAAAGGAUAUGAAGCUGAAAUUGGCAAACUAAAUACAAGUGAUGGGGUAGAGUACUUAUCUCCUAGAGAUGCAUCAGGCCAUGGCACUCACACUUCAUCUACUGCAGCCGGCGUUGCAGUAGAAAAUGCAAGCUUUAUGGGACUAGCUAAAGGAUUGGCAAGAGGUGGUGCUCCAUCAGCUUGGUUAGCCAUCUACAAGAUUUGUUGGUCUACUGGAGGAUGCAGCUCUGCUGACAUUCUUGCGGCAUUUGAUGACGCGAUAUUUGAUGGGGUUGACAUUCUUUCAGCAUCUCUUGGCUCUGAUCCUCCACUUCCUACUUAUGUUGAGGACGCACUAGCCAUUGGUUCUUUCCAUGCUGUAGCCAAAGGAAUUUCUGUGGUAUGCUCUGGUGGCAAUUCUGGUCCAUAUCCCCAAACUGUCAUAAACACUGCUCCUUGGCUUGUUACCGUUGCUGCCAGUACCAUUGAUAGAGAAUUUUCAUCUAGGAUUAUCUUGGGAAACAAUCAAACUCUACAGGGUCAGAGUUUAUAUACAGGGAAAGAUUUGAGCAAGUUUUAUCCUAUUGUGUUUGGAGAAGACAUAGCAGCUUCAGAUUCUGAUGAAGAAAGUGCAAGGAGCUGCAAUUCUGGGAGCCUGAAUUCAACCUUAGCAAAAGGAAAAGCAAUUCUGUGUUUCCAGUCUCGGUCACAGAGGUCAGCCACAGUUGCUAUAAGAACAGUAACAGAAGCUGGAGGCGCUGGUCUCAUAUUUGCUCAGUUUCCAACUAAAGAUGUUGAUACAUCGUGGAGUAAACCCUGUGUCCAAGUUGACUUUAUUACGGGAACAACUAUUCUAUCAUACAUGGAAGCAACUAGGAAUCCUGUAAUAAAGUUUAGCAAGACAAAAACAGUUGUGGGGCGACAGUUAUCACCUGAAGUGGCAUUCUUCUCGUCGCGGGGACCAAGUUCUCUGUCUCCUUCGGUGUUGAAGCCUGACAUUGCUGCUCCUGGGGUUAAUAUUCUGGCGGCUUGGUCACCUGCUUCCUCUGCCCGUUUGGUAUCUGAUGCUGAAAAUGAAGAUGAGACAGAGUUACAUCCCCUUAACUUCAACAUUGAAUCAGGAACUUCCAUGGCAUGCCCCCACAUAACUGGUAUUGUUGCACUUAUAAAGACUAUCCAUCCAACUUGGAGCCCGGCAGCAAUUAAGUCUGCCCUUGUCACAACAGCUUCUCUGAAAAAUGAAUACAAGGAAUAUAUUUGGGCCGAGGGAGCACCACAUAAACAAGCUGACCCAUUUGACUACGGUGGUGGUCAUGUUGAUCCUAACAAAGUCACAGAUCCUGGUCUUGUAUAUGACAUGAAAAACUCAGACUACAUUCGUUUCCUCUGUUCUAUGGGCUACAACAACACCGCCAUAAGCAUAUUGACAGGGUUUCCUACCAAAUGCCAUAAAUCACACAAGUUCCUCUUAAACAUGAACCUGCCUUCUAUUACCAUUCCAGAGCUAAAGCAACCCCUCACGGUAUCAAGAACAGUCACUAAUGUUGGUCCAGUUAAAUCAAACUACACUGCUCGUGUUGUUGCUCCAAUUGGAAUAUCAGUUAUAGUUGAGCCAUCAACCUUAGCAUUUAGUUCCAAAAGAAAGAAAAUGAAAUUCAAGGUAACUUUUUCUUCCAAGCUACGAGUUCAAAGCAGAUUCUCAUUUGGAUACCUGUUAUGGGAAGAUGGGUUGCAUGAAGUCAGAAUACCCUUGGCAGUUCGCUCUGCAGUACAUGAAUUUUGUGGACAAAUAUAAUAUCAUGAUCAUUAUUACCACUGUCACAAAAUGAUAAGAAUAAUGUACUAAUAUGAUGGUUCGGUCUCA